AUGUCGUUCUCAUUCGGUACGUUGCUGUGGUCACGCUGUUCAGUCACAUGUGGCGGUCUAGUUCACCGCUCUCGGCUCCAAUUGCGAUGUUGAAACAGGCACACCCGCGGCGACCGCGAACAAGAUUCCCGACUUUACAGGUCAGCUGCCCGACUAAAGAGUCGAUUACAAGCAUGAUAUCUGGAUGGGGUUGCUGAUGUCACGCUGCCCCUUCCGCAUAGCUUCGGCACGCGCUACAACGACGCCCAGUGCGACCCCUUCCCUCUUUGGCUCGGCUCCGACUUCGACUCCUGCGCCGACAGGUGGUCUCUUCGGUGCCACGCCCACCUCCGCUGCCGGAACCACGGGGAACUUGUUUGGUGGCUUCGGUGUAGCGACACCGGCUUCCGGUGGCGGUCUCUUUGGCCAAUCCACCCCUGGUGCCGGAUUGUUCGGUGCCUCCUCGACGUCGCAGGCCCCGGCAACGACCUCCCUGUUCGGUCAACAGCAGUCGACGACGACAACACCUGGUCUGUUCGGUGCUUCCACCUCUACAGCCUCGCAGGGAGGUUCUUCCUUGUUCGGCGCCACCUCGCAACCGGGAGCAACUUCUUCACUCUUUGGCGCGUCGGCGACACCGGCAAGGCAGUCGUUGUUCGGCCAGUCCCAGCAAACACCUUCGUUUAGUUUUGGUGCUAGCAAUCAAGCUCAGCAGCAGGGGAACAAUGCCACUCAGCCGGCAGUGACGGCCGCUCCCCUGUUUGGUCAAUCGCAAUCCGCCGCGACGGCUUCUCUAUUCGGUUCCAACCCAGCUUCGUCUUCGCUGUUCGCCUCCAACUCGACCUUCGGUGUCCAGCCCAAUCCAGCUGGUCAACCCCAACCUCCCAUGCCCAGACUCGGCGACCCUUACCCACCCCCAAAUCCGAACGAGCGACCGAUCGAAGCCCGCAUCGAAGCCAUCAAGUCCGCCUGGGACCCACAAGAUCCCAAGUGUCGCUUCCAGACGUACUUUUACAACGAACCAGCUCCGCCCAACAACGUCAAGAUGUAUGGAAGGCCACCACAAGGGACAGAUGAGAAGGCUUGGCAAAAGGCCGUGCGGGAAAAUCCUGAUCCCGAAAAGUGAGUCGGCCUCAAAGCAAUGUAGGAUAUCUUUGCUUAAACCAUGAUUACACUUCACAGACUGGUUCCAGCCAUUGCCAUCGGUUUCCCCGCGAUCCAAACCCGAAUCGAGUCGCAGCAAAAGCAGGCUCUCGCGCACCAAGCUCUGCUCAGCGAGAUCCGAGCUCACCUCUCCGAACUAUCGUCGACACACUCUCUUGUGACUUCACUACGCACAUUACGAGCCACACAAACGGCGACCGCACUAGAGGCCCGCGUGCUCGCCUUAAUCGCCAAGGUCUCGGCAUUGACCCCGAGUCGAAACGCGAGCGUGCGAAGCGAGGAGGAUGCGAUGCGCGUUCGACUUGAGAGCAUGGCUGGGGAUGCAGAGAGGGCUCAAGGUCGAGCGAACGAGUUGUGGAGUGGUGUUGGGGCCGUCAAAGCACGGAGGCAGGCGUUGGCUGGGGAACGCGAGUGGGCCGUCGUAGAUGAAGAGGGGUUGAGACAAGUACUCGAGGUGAGCAACCUUUGUUACGCUCACGUCGCGCGUUCUUAGCCGAACCAGAGUCGAGACACUAUCUUCACCACAGAUCCUUGCAUCGCAGCAAGCUGGGUUGGAUCACUUGACCAAGACGUUGCAGAAAGCCGCCAGCGACGUGGAGGUGAUCAACGAGGCUUUCGGCCUGUCGACAAGGUCACCGUCGUCGGUCAACAACACACCCAGGAAUUGA